AUGCCUACUUCCAACAACUCCCUCGAAUUUGUUAUGGACAAGCACUGUGAAAUGGUCAGUCACAGCGGUUCUGCAGACCAAACCCAGUUUUCUGGAAUUGCUUUCGACCCCUUGUGCGAUUUCAACCAAGAGAUUGUUGACAAAAUGCAUGGAGAAGUUGUACUCCGAUCUGUGACAGAUGUCUUUGUCAACCAUGCCAAUAUGGAAUGGACCUGUACCUUGGCCGGAAACCCAGCAGUCACAAACCUCCUCAGUCUCAAAAGUUUCCUGCCAACCGAAGUCAACACUGGGGAAUUAGAUUUCUACACAUAUGCGAUAGUAUGGGAAAUUCUGAGUGACAGAAUAAUUAAAUUCUGGAAUUUGGCAUUUAUAGAUUCCGUUCGCAAUAUGUUAUGUUACCUAGAUGUAAGGUUCUUUUAA